CACGGCCGAGGAUCCAGUAAUCAAUUGAUCCAUCGAUCUGAGUUUGAAUGUUGCAGUAUUUGUCCAAUGAAAUGUCCCUGCUAGAUUAUGAUGCAGUCUCCGGUCCCUGGGCGCGAACCAGGCUCGCGGCGAUCGACCGCCUGUGACGCGUGCUUUCACCGCAAGAUUAAAUGCGAUAGCGUUAAACCUCGGUGUAACUGGUGUUAUCAUCGCCAGGUGGAUUGCACAUACGACCGCCAUCGCUCUGAUGGGAUUGUCCGCAAGAAGACUUCUGCUGGGAAGAGGCGAAACUUGAUCGAUCGCAUUCGUCAUAUAGACCAGCUUCGCGCGGAGUCUCGAUUGGGGGGACCUUGUCCACCAGACGACCCGCCCCCAGCUGAGAAGCAGGCGGAUACACCUCGUCAGUCCGAUGGCUCGAGCCAAAUCCCUGGCCCAAUACAGCUGCUUCCGUCUCCUAGGAUCAUCCAUUUCGCAGGAUGGAAGAUUGGGAAUAUAAGUCCCGACCGAGGAUCAACACCGACCUUGCUGCCCGAGGGCAUCCAAUGGAUCCAGUCCAGAACGGGAACUACAGUGCCUUUUCCAACCGUCCACUAUGCACCGUGGGAAAAAUUGAAGCCGCCUGAUAAUGUAUCCGUCGUGGUCCGGCGGACCUCAACGAGACGCCUAGAGCUCCCACCGAGACCAGUCCUGAACCGCUACUUGGAUGCCUACUUGUCGUCCGCGAUACAGGCAUUGUUUCCGGUGAUCGAUUCAUCGCUAUUUUCCCAGACAAUAGACACUGCGUAUUUGGCUUCUGAGAGUGGAGCUCACCACAGCUCAAGGGCAUGCAUAUUCGCCCUCCUUGGUCUCAUCUCCGGAGUGGAUUAUCCUCGAGCCCAAUGCAGUGCUCCAACGCCCCCAAGCAUCCCGAGAGAUGAUUACAUUCUCGAGGCACAACGGCUAUUACCGUCUAUAAUAUGUGAGGGGUUUAAUUUAGAUGCCUUACAGGCCACUGUCAUUCUGGCCGUGCUAGGUGUUAUGACAGGUGAACUGCAGAAUGCGACCCAUUAUGUUUCCAUCUCUUCACGUUCUAUCAUUGCUGUGGGUGUCAAUACUAUGGGAGACCCCGUUCAAGAGAGCGGCCUUUCCACCGCUGAUUCAGAUGACAUACGAGUUAGGAAGCAUCUUCGUAACCUCUUCUGGAUCUGCUAUGUCCUAGACAAGGAUAUUUCCUUACGUACAGGACAGAGCCACAGCCUGCGGGAUGAAGACUGCAACCUACAGUUGCCAGUCGACUAUACGAAAGAUCUGUUCCCACGAAUGACCUACUCCACGCCCCUGAACUCCGUUGAAGGCCCUCUAUUCCCAAUCGAAUUGAACCUGAGUUUGAUCAAAUCCCGGAUAUUCACCGCGCUUUAUUCGUACCAAGGAUUGCAAAAGAGCGAUGCCGAAACCAUCCGCCUAAUCCGAGAACUGGACGAUGAAAUUGAACGCUGGCGUCUUUCAAUGCCGUCCGAGUUGCGCCCAACGCUUUCUUACGGAAAGGACGCGCAUACAAACCCGAAUAAAAUGACCAUGUAUCUCGUUCUCGUACACUUGAACUACUACUUCUGCGUCAAUAUAGUUCACUUGGCAGGGAGUCGGUGCGAGUCGUGGCGUUCCGCCUGCUCAUCUCCAGGGAUGAUGGACGGCCUGAAAUCCAGCUUAACAAUGUCCGUGGAAGCGAGUCGCUCAUUACUAUGUUUCCUGAAGGAUGCCGAAAGCUCUAUAAGCACGGGGAGCUUCUGGUCUCUCCUCUUCUACCCCAUGUCAGCAGUCCUUACACUAUUCUGCAACCUACUGGCGGAUCCAAAGGCUUCUACUGCGGUGGAUGAUGCGCACCUUCUUGUCGUAGCAGAACAUACCACGGAACGUGUCUUUCUGCGGCAGAUAUCCGAAAUCGACCAGGCCGCGCAUAUACAAGCCAUAACCGGGUUCAUUUCUAGUGUUCGACAUAUUGCGCAGCAAGCGAUCAAGAAAUGAUCACUCCAUCUGCGCAACUGGGUCUCCGGAUACGGUGUAGGAAGCUCUACCUGGUCCAUGGUUUCAUUAAGGAUGGUCGGUAUUAUGUUAAACCAGCCGCCCACGACACAUUCUACUGGAUCACAAAUACGGGGUACCUACCAGGCCUUUUAUCAUGAUGCAUCCGCUCAUCGUACCGGCUGUCCAGCUCUGGCCUCUGACACGAAUCUCUUGACAGUAUUUGGGAAGAUGUCCAUCGAGUAACUGCUGAAACGAAAGAACGAGCAUCGGGAAGGCAAAAAGAACAACCCGAAACCGAUGCUCGAUUACUUCACCAUGCAAGACUCAGCGGUGCUCGCUAUUAGGGCCUCUUC